AUGUGUUUCAAAACUAUAGUAUUUUGUUUAUUAGUGAUUGUUUUAGUCGAGUUAGUAUCCUACACACAAGCUUUAGACGAUAAUGGUGAAGGAGUCUGUGUGGUUAAACUCAGUUCCCGACAACGAAGAAAAAAGCCGUACAAUGUUGCCAUAAACAAGUGGUGUGGACGAAGGAAGUGUGUCGUCAAGAGAUAUAAAUAUGAGACGUAUUUGACUUGGACGAACCACACGGUCUGCUGCAACGGUUGGCAGCACGACAGCGAACAGGACAUCUGUGCUCCAAUCUGCAGCACGGGCUGCAAUGGAGGCAAGUGUGUCUCUCCCGACCAGUGCCAGUGUCUGUCCCCCGCCUACCUCGACCCCGAACGACCGAACACCUGCAUCACACCCGUCUGCAAUCCAACCUGCUUCAACGCCAUCUGCCACGUCAACAACACCUGCAUCUGUCAAGAAAACUACACCCCCUACAACUCCACACACUGCUUCAAAUGCGAUGAGGGCUACACUGCAGAUGAGAACCUCAAUUGUGUCCCAGUUUGCGACCAACCCUGCAUCAACUCCACGUGCACAGCUCCUAAUACUUGCACCUGUGCUGAUGGCUACCGAAAGAAGAACGAUUCAACAUGUGAACCGAUCUGUGACUGUGUCAAUGCGGACUGUGCUGGUGCUCACACGUGCGCGUGCCAUAAAGGCUAUGUUCCCUUGAACAAGACCGUUUGUGUUCCUAAGUGUAACGGCUGUUCUCAUGGAGAAUGUGUAGCGCCUAACAAAUGUUCGUGUCACAAAGGUUACGCGAAAGUGAACGGUGUCUGCAAACCCCAGUGUACUAAAGCCUGUGUUAAUGGUUACUGCUCUGCACCAAACGUUUGUUCUUGCAAGAAGGGGUUCGUGUACAAUAACAGCAGUGCGCAUGUCUGUGUGGUACCUUGUGAUGCAAGCUGCAAAGGAUACUGUGAUGACGAAAAAGGAUGUGUUCCAUGGAACUGCUCGACGCCAAUACCGUGA